GUUUUCAUUCUCGGAGCAGCGCAUCAGCAGAUUCGCGACUGUGUCCGUGUCGUCCUGGUGAAUGAGAUAAGAGUGAGUGUUGAGUGCGCUGUGGUUGCAGAAGGAAAAAUCCAUCGCCCAUGUCAAAAACACUAAAACGCACCGAAAAAACUGAACUUUUGCCCCCAUCGUGCCGUUGUGGGCACCAUUAUUAGAAGCAAGGGUGUUUCCAUUGUGCGUUGAAGAAACAAUGGGGUGUAGCGUUUUGCGCGUUUGUUGAAAAAGUUCAUUGUCGCCGUGGUGAUUUCGGAUGAAGAAGAAAAAAGAAAAGAAAAGGUGCUCCUUUGCUGUGUAAUCGUCGGUGUUUGUGUGUGAAACUGCAACGUUUGUGUGUGUGAAGCAACUGUCAAAAAUGAUCGAAGCAGAAGAAAAGUAGUGGAAAAAAUAGAAAAUAAUGUGCGGUGCUGGUUGAAGAGAGAAGAAGCAGCAGCAGACGGUCGCGCCGCAGCGAGAUUGACGUGCAAAGAAAAGGCCUCCAUCGAAGACGACGGAAAACGGUGGUGGCUGCUGAAAAUCGGUGGAAAGGGAGGAAUUUUCGCCUCUGUUCGGUACGUGCUUAUUUUCAAUGUGUGUCUAAAAGUGUGGUGAAAAUAAAGGAAAAUAAAAUGUCAGCGAAAUAAGUGCAUAAUUCCGUUCCACCGGAAGCCAGUCCGUGUCCGCGUCUUACAGUUUUUUGUGUGUGUCCGCCAUAUCCGGGUAGUGGCUGCAAAACUUUGCUGAGAAAGUGACCAGAGGAAGUGUUUUUUGGGACACGACUCUAAAGAGGUUUUUCACCUUGUCUCUAGCGUCGGGACGCGAGCGAACUUGAAAAAUCGUCUAUUUUCGGAGGAGCCAAACACUUCGCAGGAGGAACGGCUCCUAAAAAAUCAGGAGGAAUUUGCCGGACAGCACGGGGAGGAAGAGUGGGAGGUGAACAACACUUCAGUUGCGUGCGAGCUGGUAGUUGGCAAAUCAAGAACCAGACCAGACCAGAAAUAAACUGAAAACUCGAUAGAAAAGCCAACAAACCUGACUGCUACCAGAUGCGACUUUGUUGAAGCACACGAUUGCACCAAUCGAUACCGGCAUCCGGUUUGGUGCAGCAAAACCGUGUGGGGACCUGUUCCAUAUUGCCGCCCGCCCGCUCCUCGAAGGUAUCCUUUUGACAUAAAUAACAAGUGUGGAACAAUUAUCAAAUCAUAAAACAAACGAAAUGAAAUUCCCCGGUGGAAAUCAGUUGCUAUUUUGCGAGCAGGUCGGUACCGUGACAUCGUUCUUCGAGCAGUGGAACGACUGCGAGCGGACGGUGGUUCUCUAUGCUUUGCUGAAGCGUGUUCCAUUUGCCAAUUUAAAGUUCCUGCAGCUAUCGAUCGAUUACAACCUUGCCCAGAACUACAGCUCGCAAAGCAAGCUGCAGCUACUGGAAACGCAUGCCAACAAUGCCAACUUUCUGAAUAAGCUUGUCCAACGGUAUCAAACUACCACCAGCACCGGUACCACAACCACCUCCUCUGCAUGCUGCGUUGGUGGGGGCGGUGCUGGGGAUAUGAACGCCACCCUCCAUAACCACAACAACAACAACAACACCAGCAUUGCCAACAAUAAUCUGACCAUCUCCGACUCGGGCUGCGAAUCGGAGAAGAAAAAUUCUACCUUUGAUCUUUCCUCAACCAGUUCCUCGUCCUGUUCGUCCACGUCCGGGGUGUCCAGUGUUUCGUCAUUGUCGUCCCAUACAACGUCCCUGCUUCCGCCGUCUUCGUCCUCGUCUGCGGCCUCAUCGAACGGUCUAUUGACCGCCGGCAAAACACAAGAGCACCACCACCAUCAGAGCAGUAAGGUCUCUCCCAUUAGUAACAGCAAAACUAAAACGGUCGAAACCAAGAAGGACAUUUUGAACGACAUGUUGACGUACCUGCCGCUGCUCAAGCCGGGCAACGACGACGUGAAGAGUGUGUACAUGUCGCUGAUACCGGCCGCGGUCGAGGACGCCUGCCAGCAGACCGUGCCCACCGAGCUGGUGCAGCACAUAUUGUCCUACCUGCUGAUACAUCCGGCCGUUAACAAUGACGAUAGAAGAUCUCUAAGCUACUGGCUGCGCCAUCUGGAGGAACACAUCGCCACCUCCUACAUUCCGACAACGCUGGCCUCAUCGGCAGCAACUGCCACCGCCGCCAACAGCAACAAAAAUCCAACCAAGAUGGUCAACAGCAAUAGCACCUACUUCAUCCAUCCUUCUGCAUCGCAACAGCAACAAAUCGUUGGUGGAUCCAACCAAAAUUUGGCCUGCAAAACCAGCAGCAGUCAAUUCCUCGCAACAGGCCCAUGGCCACAGAUGCCGACACAGCAGCAGCCACAGCAACACCACCAUCACAACAGCCACAAUCCACACCACCAGAACAGUAAUAGUAUCAACACCGGAAGCUGCAACCAGCUUCCUCAGCAACAGCAGGCGCGCCCGUCGGUUUGCAUCUCGUCGAGCUCGUCGCUGCUGUCCAAGUCGCAGCAGAGUCUCAGCCAAGCCGGCAGCAGCAGUUCCAGCUCUAGUUCCUGUCUCGAUAGCACUUCCUCGCAGCUGCUGAAGACCACCAAACUGCUGGCCAAUUUGGACUGGUGCACGGAUGUGGUAGGCAAACAGCAGGAGGAUGGUGGUGGCGGCGGCGUGAGCAGUGGAAGCGGAAGCAGCACCACCGUGAUCGGGGAUGGCAAUGGGAAUUCCGGCAGUGCCGUUCGGGGUAUCGGUAGCGUGGAGAAUGUGUCGAUCAAGGAAUUCGUGCCGGUCACAUUCAGUUACACACCCCCGCAGGGUAGCAAUAAAUCCAUUGGGAAUAGCAGCAGUGCCAGCAGUGCCGGCACCGCGACCAACAACUCCAGCAAACACCAUCACCUGAUUGCAUCUUCUAGUCAAGCCUCUGGUGGGCUCCUGGGAAGCAGUGCUAAUGGCGGCAGUUUGAACAUGAACGGUGGCGGCGGUCUCGGGGGCCACACCGUGGUGCUCUCGGAUCUGGACUCGAGCGACGAUAAUCAUCUGAGCUUCAGCAAAAAUGGAACCGAAAUAUUCGACUACGAUUGUGAUUACGAUAACGAAGAGGAGUUCAACUAUCUGGCCCGCGCUGCAGCUGCCGUAGCAGCAUCGACCAGUGCCACCAGCUCUUGCACUCCCGGUGGGACAAAUGCGGCUGGUUCCGCUGCAGUUCCGUCGUCUGGUUUAAACGUGCCGGCCAAUACUAGCAGCGGUAGCAGCAAUAGCAAUAGCAGCAGCAAAAAUCGCGUUUCGUUCGAUGCCAACAUAAGUGAUUUCCUGCGAGUUCCUCCUAUUGGAGACUUCGAUAUGGAUGGAAGCGGCCUGCUGAAAACCCGAAGGUCCAACAGUUCUACCACGACGGCGAGCAGUGCAUGCGGACUUUCGGUUGGCGAGCUGCAUCAGCAAAAGCAUAACAACGAAUAUUUAUCAGCGGAAAAUCUAACUAACCUGCAGCUACUGCAGAAUAAACCGAGAAGUUUCUCUUUAACCAUGGAUAGUCCUCGUUCGUCCUUAACAUCCAGCGGGUCGGAAACAAGGCUCGACGAUUUUAAGCAGCAUCAGAUGAUAAAAAUGUACGGAUCUCCUAAUAUUGGCAUGUCGAGCAUAGCUCACUGGUUGAAGAGUUUGCGGCUGCACAAGUACGUUUGGUUGUUCUCAAACCUGACGUACGAGCAGAUGAUGGAGAUGACCGAAGAAUAUUUGGCAAAUUUGGGCGUUACGAAGGGGGCUAGACAUAAGCUGGUGCUGUGCAUUCAUAAGCUUAAGGAACGGUACAGUGUGCUACUGCGUUUAGAGAAGGACAUUCUGACUGCUGGCGGAUCUCGUACUCAGCUUGGUCCAGUGUUUGACGAAUUGACGAACAUCGUGUUAACUCCGAUGAAGCCGGUUGGGCAUGAUCAGAAAGAGGACAUUGCUGGGUUGUUUGUUAAGUUGUUGGAUUUGCUUGCUUCGCUGACGUUGUCACGGCCACUCUGUGGGCCGCAGGAGGAAGAGUGCAUGAAUGUUUACAUUUGGGUUUUGGAGCGGGCGCUUCAUAAUGACGCAUUUGCCACUCAUGCUACUCAGAUCAAGGAGUACAAAUACAAGGCGAAUAAGCUAAAGAUAGCGUAUGCACCCAAAGGGCAUUAUUCGAAGAAUAACAGCAUUAAUGGAAACAUUAACAAACCACGAUGGCACAAACCGAACAAUCCAGCGGAUGGCCAGAAAACGCCGCACCGUAAAAGCUCCCUGCAGUAUUUCACUCCUCCAAUGCAGCAAUCUCAAACAUCUCAGCAGCAAUCCCAACAGCCACAACAACAAUCACAGCAGCAGCAAAAUUCGUCCUCUUCUCACACGCACCUACAGGCGCUUCCACAUCAAUACUACGGCCACGGAGGACAUAAUCCAAAUGCGGGCACAGGCCACAACAAUAACUACAACAAAAGUUCGUCCUAUCCAAACUUUGCGUCGAACCUGUCCAGCGGUGGUGGCUCCGGCAGCAACAACACCAUCAAACACCACAUGCAGCAUUUACAGCAAACUCAAGGUCAGCAUUCUAUCCCACAGCAACAGCAGCCGCAACCACAACAACCCCACCACGCCGCCCAGCAGCAGCAACAGUCGCAUGUUCCUCCUCUUGGCAAUUUUAUGUACCAUCGACAUUCGUUGAACAACAUUCAUCAACAUCAGCAGCAGUACCUGCAGCAAUUGCAGAGCCAACACCAACAUCAACAGCAGCAACACCAGUCACUGCUUCCGUCGAUUUUCCUAACUGCAAUAGGUGGAGGCGGGUGUCCUCCACCGAACAAAGGUAAACCUCAAACGUCCGAAAGUGCUUGCACUAAACCGAAGGACCGGACGAUUUCGCCUAAAUCCAGUCCAGUGGAUCUGCUGGGUAGCAAAAGCCAGAACAAUAGCAUCGGCGAUAUCAAUACCCGGCUAGAGUUUCUCUGUCUACAAAUGACCGAACAAGCCAUCGACUAGACAGGGCAUAGUUGAUGCAGUGGAGAAACGUGUAGUGGCUGAUGGUAUUAUAAUUGUUAAAUAGGAUCGCUUUGUUUAUUUUAGGAAUCGCUCACGUAACGCUACAUGCCCCUUUCUUCGGGGGCACGCGCGAGGAGAAGUGGACGAUAGAAAUUGUAGUUUUUUUUUGCAAUUCUUGACGCUCUUCAAACAUUUAAACUAAAUCAAAGUUAAAAAAAACGUAACGGAAGUAAGCAAAUCUUAUAAGCAGAUAAUGGGAUUCCUGUAUUUCAGAUAACUCUAUAUAUAAACUUACUCAAUUCAUUCUCUCUCUAUUCCUCUAGUACGCGCGCGCAUUAUGCUGACGCAAAAUUAACGCAAAGAGCGUUGUUGUAACUUUUUCCUCGUAGAGACAGAAUUUUAUAUGUUUUCAUCUAUUUGUGUCUGUUUUAUUUUUCGACAUUAACCCUAGACAAGGAUGUCAAAUAGAAAAAAAGGAGUGAUGUGAAAAAUUGUGCUGGAAAGUGUAAGGGAAAAUGUGAGUGGUAGAGAAACUUUUAUUUAGCAAAAGCGGGUACAGUUGAAAGUGGUAGUAUUUUCUGUUUUACUAUUUGUGUGGUCAUUUUUCUGUCCUAUGAAAGAUUUUAUAUGAUUUUACCAAUUUAUACACAAAAGAAGGAAUCCUGUUUAGACAUAAAACUUUUUUUUUCAUAUACACAUGGAGCGAAUAAAUAUAUUUUUGACAUUGUGAGCGAUCAAAACAGAAAA